GUUACGUUGUUAUAGCGACUCAUAUGACGAUUGACAAUUUCAUUGACUUUUUGUGAGUGAUUUAUUUUAAAGUAGUGAUAAGUCAAAAAUUUACAUAAACAUUAUUUAAAAUACCCAAAAUACGGCUAAAUAUUUAGGACAAGAGGAAGUACGGGAUGACGACGUUCAGUUCUGCGGCUUCACUGAAAAUGUCGACCAACUCAUUGGAACUCGAGAACGAAAAAAAUGACUACAAAGACGAAAACGAUCUUGAAUCUCCCAUGGAUUAUUCGAUAAAGCAUCCAUUGCAAAACUGUUGGACUUUAUGGUAUUACGAAAGUGACAGGAGCCAGCCCUGGGAAUUGAAUCAGAGAGAAAUUGCUUCUUUUCAAACAGUUGAGGAUUUCUGGAGUUUAUACAACCAUAUUAAGCCAGCGAGUGAGUUAAAACAGGGCACUGAUUAUUCCUUAUUUAAAAAGGGUAUUAGACCGAUGUGGGAGGACCCUGCCAACAAAAGGGGUGGUAGAUGGUUAAUUAGUUUAGACAAAAAACAAAGACUCAACGAUUUGGACAGAUACUGGUUGGAUAUAAUUCUCUGUCUUAUUGGUGAGGCUUUUGAACAUUCUGAUGAAAUUUGUGGAGCCGUGGUGAAUCUUAGAUAUAAGGGUGACAAGAUUGAUUCAGAAGAAAUUAUCCUAAAAAAAUUCCCUUACGAAGACCAGCAGUUCAUCGAACGUUACCUUGGUGGCACAAAUUUCGAUAUAAACGCAGCUUUCGAAAGAAUCAAAGCGAACUAUCAACUGAUUCUGCAGUAUCCAGAAUGGUUCACGAAAGAUCAGCCGAUAUCUAAAAAGGAGCUGAUCGACAAAGACAUUCGUAUUGGUAUCCCUGAAACUGAUAAAGAGGGAAGGCCAAUAUAUAUUGUCAAAAUUGGUAACGUAGAUCCAAGUUCAAUGGACCUAAUGGACAUAAUCGCCGUAGAUGACAUCUGGCUAGAGUCGAUCCUAAUGAAGAACGCCUCAGAAACCGGUCUCUGUGUGGUUAUGGAUAUAGACAACUUACCAUUUAGGGCGUUAAAAUGGCUUACCCCCCAUAACGUCAAGACGGGAUUGAAGAAGUUGCAGUGCUUACCAUUUAAAGACUAUCGAUUUCAUAUUGUGAACGACAGCAUCAUGUUUAAGGCGGCUAUUAACCUGAUUUGGCCGUUUGUGCCGGAGAAUAUAAAAAAAAUGGUGAAAUUCCAUUUUAAUGACAGAAGGUCGCUGCAUAAAUUCAUUGAUCCGGUAGCGUUGCCCUUGGAGUACGGUGGAACGAACGAAAAAAUCGAUUAUGCCGAGAUAAGGGAACAACUUUACGCCCAAAACGAGCAGAUCUUUGAAAACUUCCAGACCUACCGAUCUGUACAACUUACAUCUUAGUUGAUAGUUAAUUUAUAUUUAAUCAAAAUUAAACUUAAUUGUUAUGGCAUAAAGAUAUUGCUAAAAUAUUACAGGAUUUACGCCUUACAUUUUGUCAUCAGAAUAGAUGUUUAGCUGAGACAUUCUUGGAAAUAUGAACACUGAACUGUCAAUGGAAAAUAUGAAUUGAAUAAGACAAACAUAUUUAAUACGUAAUAUAUUUUUAUAAUACA